AUUGCGGAAGCGGGUCUUAGCUUUAGCCUGCUACCCUGGAACCAAAACAGACCAAAUGUUUCCGUGCUAAAUCGCUACUUAGUCGAUUGUAAUCUUAGAUAUUGAUUGACGUUCUCCUUGUCAGAUACCUGCUAUCUGCCUUUGUGACACAGGAGAGAGGAGAAGCUAAAGAGCCGCCUGAAAUGGAGGAUCCCGGUGGUUCUGCAGCUGAGGCUGGGACUCCAUCCCAAGCCGGGGCUCCCAAGUCAAAGCUGGAUACUUUGUCCAAAGAUGAUCUCAUCAAAUAUGCCAAAAAACAGAUCGCCGUCAUGCAAAAGAUGAAGACCAAAUGCGCAGAUUUGGAAAAAGAAGUUGAAUCCCUUAAACAACAAUCCAAAAGUACUGACAAAAGUCCAGAGGAUGCCUUGUUGAUACAGGAGCUGACUGAAAGGAUGGAUGUUCUGCUACUGGAGAAAGCUGAAACUCAGCAAAGUCUUGCACUCUCACGUAAAGAGCUAGAGAGAACCAAGCAGCAAGCCAAGGAGGAUCUAGCACUGCUGCAAAAUGAACAUGAGCAAGUUAUUGAAGACCACCAAAGGAAGAUUGAAACCUUGGAGUCCAGCAUUGAGGAAUCCAGAAACAAACACCUGGAAAAAGUGACUCAUUUCCAGAAAUUACUCCAGGAACAAGAGGAACGAGACAGAGAAAGAGAGAAGGAACGCAGAGCAGAAUACACCAGUGCUCAAGAGAGCAUAGAAGAAGUCAGACACUCUUUGGAAGCGCAACUGGAAAGCCUUCGAGCUGAAAUGAAGGCAAUCCAAGACAGAAAUUCAGAAGAGGCAGCUCAGCUGGAGGAGAAGUACCAAAAGGAGCUGACGAAGGCCCAGCAGGAGGUGGAGAACCUGAAGGAGGAGCUGGUUCAGAAAACCGUCCAGCAUGAGGAGGAAAUGAAAGCUCUGGAGGAGGACUGGGAGAUCGAGAGGGAUCGCCUCAUGUUGCUCACAGAGGAGCUGACUGAGCAGCUGGCGUCAAAAGACAGCUACCUGCAGGAUGUUCAAGAGGAAGACGAGGACCCCAGCCGUGGUGCCGGGAUCGCCAAAAUGCUGGAGCUGUCCCGGUGCAAACAAGCCGAACCUCAGAGCGGCGGCGAGGAGGGCGAGCUCGGCAGACUGAGGACGGCACUGGACGACGUUCAGUCCCAGAACACCAUGCUGCAGGACGAGCUCACGCUGCUCAGCAACGUGAAGGCGGAGCUUGAAGCAGAGCUGGAGAGGGUCAAGGAGGAUUUCCAGGUGGAAAAAGAAGAGCUUGAGUUCAAAAUCAAUGAGCUGCAGAUGAAUAAAGACAGUCCGACCACUGAAACCGAGCUGAAGCUUCAACCUGAGCAACAAGAAGUUAAAACUCCCAUUGAGAUUUCAAGCAGUGACCUGAAUCUGAAUGAGGAGCUGACAGCUCGAUGUGAGGCCUUAACCAGAGAACGCAACGACGCCAUGGCCGAGUGCCAGCAGAUGAGAGACAUACUUCAAAGUGUGGAGACAGAGCUGGGGGAGAAGACCAAAGAUUUUGUCCAGCAGUACAACGCCAUGAAGGAAAAGGGUGCAGAAACAGUGCAAGACCUUCAGGAAAAGAUCAAGCAGCUCACCCAACAGAGGGACGAGCUGCGGGUGAGGAUGACUGAAAUCACAGAGGAGAAAAACUCUCUGAUGAAGAAUAUCCAAGACCUUCAGAAAAAUGAUUCAGCUCAAAGCCAGAAACCUUACACUUCCGCAGAAGAAGAAGAAACCUCUUUAAAACAGGCUGUGAAAGAGCUGACUAUGCAGAACGAGGAGAUCUUCUCACAGCUGAAGAUGAAGGAGAACAUGAUUCAAGAUCUGAAAGAAAUUGCCGCCAUUUUGACUGAAGAGCGGGACAAAGCGCAACACCUGCUGAAGCUCAAAGAAGACGAAGUGCAAAGUUCGAAUGACGCCAAAACGAAAGAAAUUGAGUCGUUGUUGCAAGAGAAAGAAAGGGAAACACUUUUACUCAGAGAUGACAACAACAAGCAGGUGGAAAGCUUGAGGAUGCAAACAGACGACGAGCUGAAGCGUCUGAAGGAGGAAAAGGAAAAGACGGAAGAAAAUCUGAAGGAGAAGACGCUGAUUUAUGAGGAGACGAUUUCUGGUUUGGAGCUGAGAAUCAAAGAGCUUUCCACAGAGAGGGACGAUCUCCAUCAGAAACAGGAGCAGGCUUUGCUGGAGCUGUCCAAGCUUCAGGAAGAGGGGAAGCUAAUGGCAUCCAAGAUGGCUGACCUGGAGGCUCACAUGGCGCAGAGGGAAUCUGAAAAGCAACAAGUAGAGGAGAAGGUGAAGUCGCUAACAAAGGAGGCGGAGAAAUCUGGUGCUUCCAUGAGGCUGCUGGAAGAAAAUCAAUCUGAAGUCCUCAAAAAGUCAAAGGAGGAGCUGGAAGAUCUCCGGACGCGAGUCGAAGAGCUCGAAAACGAGAAAAACCUCUUAAAGAGAAGUCUUGAAGAAAUGGAGGCAGAGAAAAGACAGGAAGAGAUGCAGACAGACUUCCAGGCGCACAUCACAGACCUGGAAAAGGAGCGAGACAUGUUGAGAUCAAACCUCAUGGACGUAGUGAAGGAUGUAGAGGGGCUGCAGAGAGAUCUCCAAGACAUGAAGUCAGUUAAUGAGAAGAUUAGCGACGAGAACCAGAAACUCCGGGCCCAAGCUUCCCUGGCUCAAGAAGAGAAGGAGGAGUGGGAAACGAAGCUUGGAGAGAAGGACGCUCUGGUUUCACAGCUGAGGAACGAAAUAACAGCUCUGCAGGAAUCUAAUGUCCAAUCUGCUUCCUCUGAGGAAAGUGAAGCCAGUGAGACAACCAAGAAAUUAGCUCUGCUAGAGGAUAAAAUCAAAGAAAAAGACGAGAAGAUGAACAAAAUCAAGGCAGUAGCAGUGAAAGCCAAGAAAGAACUGGACAACAGCAAGAAGGAGGUUGUAACCCUGAAGGAGGAAGUUGCGUCACUAAAAGCGGAGCGGGAAAAGAUCAAGACUUCAAUGAAAGAUAUCAUUCAUGGAGCUGAAGGAUACAAGAACCUGCAGAUAGAUUACGACAGGCAAACAGAAGAACUGGAUAAGGAGAGGGAGAAGGUGGAGGCGGCCGAAAGACAGAUUGCUGAGCUGACCAAGCGACUCAGCAGUGCUGUCACACAGAAGGAGACGCUGAGCAGUGAGAAGGAGGAUCUGCAGGCCGGUUUGGAGACCAUGAGGAGCGCGUUGAAGCAGCUGGAGGCCAGAAACCAGGAGCUGCAGAAACAGCUGGCCAGCCUGGACAGAGACCUGCUGGCCGAGAGAGCCAUGAAGGACCAGAAGCUUAAGGACCUGUCAUCCGCCACGAAGGAGGUGGAGGAGCUGACAGCGCAGCUCCACAGGCAGCAGCAGCAGUCCCAGCAGACCGCCCAGGAGCUGGAGCUGCUACGCAAGGAGGCACAACAGAACUCCCUGCUGGACAUGGAGAUGGCCGACUACGAACGUCUGGUGAAAGAACUUAACGGAAAACUAACAGAGAAAGACAAGUGUGUGGAGGAGUUGAAAUCCCAGAUUAACAGACUAAAUCAGACCCAGGAGACCCACAAGCAGAAAAUCGAGGCUUUGAAGUCUCAGCUGGACCAGGAGGAGGAGAAAACCAUGAAGAUGAAACAACUUCUGGUGAAAACCAAGAAAGAUUUGGCAGAUGCCAUGAAACAGGAAAGCUCCCUCAUGAUGCAGCAGGCGUCUCUGAAAGGAGAGCUGGAAGCUAACCAGCAGCAGCUAGAAAGCUCCAAGAUUGAGAUGUCUGAGCUGGCAGCCGAGCGGCACCGCCUGCAGGAGCAGCUGAAGUCCACUUUGGAGCAGCAGCAGAGGACCAGCAGCUCCCUGCAGCAGCGCAUCCUCAGCCUGCAGCAGGACAGAGACACUGCAAAGGCUGAGCUUUUGGCAACAACAAGUGAGUUUGAGAGCUACAAGGUUCGAGUUCACAACGUGCUCAAACAGCAGAAGAGUAAAACCAGCGCCCAGUCUGAAGGAGACUCUGGGAAACUAGAGAGGGAGCAGUUGUCCUCUCAGGUUGAACAGCUGCGGAGCCGACUGUCUGAGAGCCAACAGAGCCUCCAGAGCAGCGUCGCCGAGCUGCAGCAGCUCCAGGCUGAGCACGACACUCUGCUGGAGAGGCACAACAAAAUCCUGCAGGAAAACAUCACCAAAGAGGCUGAGCUGCGAGAGAGGGUUUUGACGUUGCAGACAGAGAACAUGUCUUUACGGUCAGAGGUGACUCAGGCUCAGGCUGACCUGUCGUCCCAGGUGGAGGCCCAGCGGCAGACCUACAGGGAGCAGCUGAGGAAGCUGCAGGACGACCACCGGGCCACCGUGGAGACGCUGCAGGGACAGCUGAGCCGCGUCGAGGUGCAGCUCUUCAACCUGCAGAGCCAGAACAGUGCAGUGUCGGCCCAGUCCAGCCGUAAGCCUCUGGCAUCAGAACUUCAGCGGAGAAGCGCCGAUCAGAACCAAGCAGGGUUGGGAUCGAUGGGUUUGAACGACCUGCAGUCGAUGGCCCGGGAGGAGGGGGAAGGCAUGGAAACCACGGAGACCGAGAGAUUGUCGCCAAAACUCGCAGCCCCGCCCUCCCUGGAGCAGCUGCUCACAUCCCCAGACCCCAAACAGGAGCCGUUUGUUUGGACGGCGGAGCCGACCAAAGAGGAGCUGACCGAGAAGCUGAGCACGGCCACGCGCAGCAUGGAGCACAUGAACGGCCUGCUGCACGAAACCGAGGCCACCAACGCUGUCCUCAUGGAGCAGAUCACUCUGUUAAAGAACGAAGUUAGACGACUUGAGCGAAACCAGGAGAGAGAGAAGAGCGUGGCCAACCUGGAGUAUCUGAAGAACGUCCUGCUGCAGUUCAUCUUCCUGCGUUCUGGCAGCGAGAGGCAGGCGCUCCUGCCCGUCAUUCACACCAUGCUGCAGCUCAGUCCAGAGGAGAAGAGCAAACUGGCUGCAAUCGCACAAGGUGAGGAAGAGGGAAGCGGCUCUCGCGGCUCAGGAUGGACUUCCUACCUCCACAGCUGGUCUGGGAUCAGAUAGACUUAAAACGUGGGGAGCACCUUGCAGUGACAUCACUGAGCCCGUCUCUGUGAGAUUCUGUAACAACGAUGCUAAUUAAAAUGGUUUUAACUGGGGCAUUAACGCGUCAUUGUGAGAAAACAGGCAGGACCACAGAAUGUAUGUAAGAUAGUAUUUUCUAGAAAGAGUUAAAGGAAAAAAGAAUCUUUAUUUACUUUUGCAAAGCAUUAGGUACAAACACUGCUUCUCUGAGAUGGACACAGGCUUGUUAAACUGCCUGUGAGAUAAUUUCAAAUCUUUUCCACAUAUUAUCUAACAUUUAUGUUAGAACAGUACUUUAUUGAAGCACCAUAUGAUGCAGUUAGCAUUCAGUUUUCUUUAGUAGAAUUAUCUGGUAUUACUUGCCCACUUUACCCUGCAAAAUUUCUCUAAAUCUACCAGAUCGUGACGCUGUUUCUAGUCCAUAGCCCUGUUUAGGUGAGCUCGUAGAUUAUCUAUUUAAAUUAGAAUUAAAUCUGGAGUUUGGCUAAUUUAAAUGUCCCUCUUUUGAAGCCAUUUGUUUGCUGGUUUGUAUUCAUGGCUGGUUUCACCGUGAUGCUAAAUAUUAAAACCCUAAAUUCUUAAUCUUUAGCUUUACAGCCUUACAGUUUUUGGAACUGCACUUAUUUCAAUUAAUUUAAUUAAAACGCCAUUCCAUUUGAGAAGUAACCCCAGAUCAUGAUGCUGCCACCACCAUGUUUCGCUGUGGGCAUGGUCUCCUUACUUGUGAUAUUAGAGUCAGAGUUAUCUUCCCGAAUAAUAGCUUUUUGUUUCUUCAGCUUGUAAAUAUUCUUCCAUAAAUAUUAGUUAGAUUUUUUUGAUGGAUUGUUUUUGAAGGGUGCAAACAUCUGGGAGAUUCUACAAGUUCAGCUAAACGGUAUUAUAAGAUAAUCACUAUACAUGAUAAGGAUAUGCUGUAUAAAUUGUUAGGUGUGGACAAGAAGAAAACUAAAAGCUAAAAUUCAAUCAAAUUGUGUUUCAACCAAAUAUUUAAGGUUAUUCUCGGUUACGCAGCAAGGUUAUUCUACCCGUUUUAUUUUUCCCUAUAAUAAAUUUGUUUGCUUUUCGUUGAAUUUUACAGGAUAAAUGUGGCAUAAUAUGUGGCAAAAGGAGUGCAUAAAUUAUGACGUUGUUUACAUAACAAAAUCUUGGCAUUUUACCAGAGUUUGUGUCCAAAUUUGGGAACCAAGGUUAGCCUUGCACCAAAUUACCCAUCAUAAAUUUGUUUUAGUUGUAUUCAUUUGUGUUGAAAUGAAAUCUGUUGGGCAUUUUUCUACAGGCAUAAGUCACAUCACAUGCAACUAUUUCAAAAUGUUUUCUUAUUUCUGGAUUUUAAAAAAAAAUCAUGUUGCAAACCAAUAGUAUAAUUUAGGAUUGUUUAAGAAGCUAAAUGUAGCCUGGUAUAAUGUGACUUAAAUGUCGGAUGUUUAAAUCAUUGGUUAAAAAAAGAAGAUUUGACUCCUCUGCUUAUGUACAUUGUACUUUACUCACUAUUAACGGACAAGUUUUCACAAAUCACAUUUCUAUUUUCAGUUUCUUUCAGUGCCUGUCAUCAUGUAUGUUGACUGUUGAAUGUCUUUCUGUGUGUUAUAGUUUAUCACUUUAUCAUCUAGAAACAUGCAACAAAAAGGUGUUAAUUUUCACCCAUUUAUAAUCUUGUUGCUUAUAAAAUUAUACAACCUUAAUCCAUACAUUGUGGUAAGAAAAAAAAAUCAACAUUACGGUUCUUUAGGUGUUUUUUUUUUUUACAUUAUUCUGUGGGCAAAAAUGUAGAUUAAAUUAUUAGUGUAGCUCAGAUAAAUGAUCAUAAAUUUGUGUUCAUAAUGAUAACUGGUACUUCCUAAACUCAGGUGCAGGUAUUUGUGUUUUCCAAUGUAGCAUUUGUAACUGCUGUUUUCAUUUUAUUUGUUUAAUGACUGUACGGCUCUGCUGUGGGGUAGAAGUUUAAUUUUCCAUCACACACACUCAGAUUUGCUUCUGCAACAUUAAUGCCUAUCUUCUUCUCCUUGUUAAUACUGUAGAAAGUUACUUGUUUGUCUUUUUUCCACUCCAGUGGCAGCUCUUUUGGGAUCAGUCUACCACAACUUGAAUGUACUUUUACCUUUUAUAUUUUGUGAAGGUUACUGUUAUCAGAAGCUAUGAGAGAUUAUCAGAAAAUCGUUUAAGAUUUUGUCUAGAUGUAAAACAAAAAUGACAGAAAACUGUGAUUGUAAACAGAUUAAAACCAACCAGGAUGAGAGUGA